AUGGUGCUGCAAAGCAAGGACCUCGGUAUAGACACCGAAGAAGUAGAGGAAGUUCUACUGGAGACCGAGUGGUCCUCGGAAGACGUUACCACGAUCCAGGCCAAGGCUGAACAGUGCACUCUAGUGCUGGCCGCGCCCGCAGACGAGGCUUAGAUAACGGCGGGGGCGGCGUGAACCUGUGGCGUUGUAUUGCGACUUGCGAAUAGAGCGCUUUCGUGCGAAGCUUAUGACUAGUGAGGCCUAGUGAGAUACAAGCCUUGCUGC